UUUGGUUUCAUUUCGUUUCAUUACUUCUUCCCGAACAAGUAUCGCCUUGGAUUCUCUUGUGCAUUGAGAUUUCAGCCGCGUUAAGGCAACGACUCUAAGCACGUGGUUGACAAGCUUGACUUAUUGGUGCGAUUCUGGUCGCCAACUGGUCCCAUUAUGUAAAUCAAACCACGAGAGAAUGGGCAACAAGAAGGCAUGUCCUAUUUCCUGAGAGGCAUUCUGGCCUUCUUCUUUGUCAGACUUGAAAGCGCAAACUACGGGCAGCAUCAGAGCAAAGACGAAAUGCAUCGUCCCUUUAAGAAGAAGAAAACUAGUGCGUGCGGAAAUGCAGAAGAUGUUGAUACUGGCUCAUCUGGUUCGAUGACUGCAUCGACAGAAAUUAAUUCCGGUGGAUCUAGUUCGUCUCCGACAGAAACUAACAACAGUGCAUCUAGUUCGUUGACUGGAAACUUCUACGAAGUGUUCUUGAGCUUCAGAGGCUCAGAUACUCGAAAAGGCUUCACCGAUCACCUCUACAACGGGCUCCUCGAUGCCGGAAUUCAUGCUUUUAGAGACAAUGACAAGCUCCACCAAGGUGAGAAGAUCAAACCAGAGCUUUGGGCAGCCAUCACAAACAGUAAGAUCCUGAUCCCCAUUAUCUCCGUCAAUUAUGGUGCAAGCAGUUGGUGCCUGGAUGAACUAGUUCAAAUAAUGGAGUGCAAGAAUAAUAACGGGCAGAUAGUCUUGCCGAUAUUCUAUAAAGUGAAACCAGCUGAAGUGGGACAUCAAAUUGGGAGUUUCGGAGACGCAUUUCAUGAGCGCGAGAGGCGUUUGCGCAAGAGGUGUUUCGACCCAACGAUUUUGGAGAAAUGGAAGAAAGCACUCGAUGAAGUCAGCACAUUGAAAGGAUAUGAAGCAGAUGGGUAUGAAGCAAAGUUGGUGAAAUCGAUUGUCCGAAAAGUGUUGAGCGAAUUGAAGAAAAAAUUUGAGCUGGUUAUUUCUGAAAAUUUGGUCGGAAUUGAUAGUCAUGCGAAGGAGGUUAUGGAAUUUAUGGAUAAGAAAUCUCAUGCCACCAUAUUUGUUGGCAUCCACGGAAUGGGAGGCAUUGGUGAGACUACUCUUGCUAAAGCCAUCUACAACAAGCUCUCCAAUCAAUUUGAGCAUCGUAGCUUCAUUGCUGAUAUAAGGGAAUCGUGGAAGCGUGGCGUUCAUUACUUACAGAAUCAGUUAAUCUAUGAUAUAUUGAAGCUAGAAAAUGAAGUUCGUAAUGAGGAUGAAGGGACUAUGUUCAUCUCCUCCAAGUUUAAAGGUAAAAAGGUCCUCGUUCUUCUUGAUGAUGUGGAUAAUGUCGUUCAGUUGAAGCGUUUGGCUGGUAAUCGUGAUUGGUUUUUUUCGGGAAGUAGGAUCAUUAUUACCACUAGAAACAAGAGGAUUCUUGAAGAAGCUGGGGUGGACUACGACUAUGGCCAUAAGGAAAUGGAUGACAAUCAAUCUUUGAUUCUAUUUAGCAAACAUGCGUUUCGAAGGGACUCUCCUCCAAGGGAAUUUGAGGACCUCACUCAUGAGGUUGUAUCCAUCACCGGUGGGCUUCCCUUAUCCCUUGAGGUUUUUGGUUCAUUAUUUUGUGGAAAAGAGUCAACGCAAUGGAGAGAAACGAUAAAGAAGUUAAAAAAAGUCCCUCAUAUGGAAGUGCAAGAAAAAUUAAGAAUAAGUUAUGAAGCAUUAGACUGUCAACAAAAACAAAUAUUUUUGGAUAUUGCUUGCUUUUUCAUUGGCACUGACAAGAGAAUCGCAUUUUACAUGUGGGACGCCUGUGACCUUUUCCCAGGGGAGGGAAUUGAAAUAUUGAGAUUCAUGUCAUUAAUAAAAGUUGGAGAUCAUCAUGAGCUCAAAAUGCAUGACCAAUUGAGAGAUCUUGGUAGAGAAAUAGUUCGAAAGGAAAACGAGCGGCAACCUUGGUACCGUAGCAGGUUAUGGGACACCAAGGAAGCUGUGAAAGUGCUAAAGGAAAAUAAGGGAACGGACAAGACUGAGGCGGUUGAUCUUAGUAAAGGCAGCUCAGAAGGCUCCGACAAAACAACCGAGCGAGAUGGCGACAUUUACACAGAAGAACAAUUCAAAAAAUUGACGAGUCUAAGAUUCCUUCACAUGGAUGGGGCACAACUUAGUGGAGAUUUUAAAGACUCAAUGGAGGGGUUAAAAUGGCUUCGAUGGCAAAAAUGUCCCAUGAAUUUUGAAGUAAAAAAUUUUCAUGUAACGGAAUUAGUUGUGCUCGAAUUGCGAAACUGCGAGAUAAAUGAGAAAUGGGAAGGAUGGAGUUCUUUCAUGAUGGCAGAGAGACUCAAAUAUCUCAGCCUUACGGAUUGUGGAUUCUUGCAAAAUACGAUCUUCCUCUCCGCUUUUAAGCAUUUGGAGGUUCUCAUCCUCAGUCAUUGUUUGAGAGUGGAGCAGAUCCAUCCUUCAAUUGGAGACAUGAAGGACCUCCUUCGCUUGGAUUUGAAGGGGUGUUGGUUCCUUAGAAAGCUUCCAGCAGAAAUAGAGUCUCUGGAGAAUCUAGAGAUUUUGGAGAUUUCUGAAACCGGUAUAGAAAAAUUACCCAAGGGUAUUAGGAGGUUGAGAAAGCUUCGAGAGUUACGCGCUUUCGAUUGCUUCAGACUGAAAGGGGAAUUGCCGGAGAGCAUGUGCAAUCUUUCUUCCCUACAACGCCUUGAUUUUCUUCGCUGCGAACAGCUCCAAUCGUUGCCGGACAACCUUCCUUCCAACUUAAUGAUUUGAGCGUCACCUGGAAGCCGCAAAUUGCCCUCACUUUCCCACCUAACCCAUCUCAAGCGACUACGAGUUUGGUUCUGCAGAUUUCUCGAGUGCAUCGAAGUGCUUCCAUCAACACUAUCGAAGAAUUCAAAAUGCUCCCAACCGACAGACAUUGAAGAAUCAGAAUUACCACAAUCCCUAAACACUCCCUUCGAGUUGGAAUUCUUGGACGUUUGGUUCUGUCGAUCUAUUAAAACAGUGGACGUUUCACAGUUUAUCCAUCUAAGGACAUUAUACGUCGUUGAUUGCGAGAAUCUAGUUGAAGUUCGAGGUCUUGAACUUGACAAAUUGAUAUAUUUGGAAAGCUUGACUAUCUAUCGGUGCGGUUCAAUUGAGAGGCUGCUCCUUCCAAAAUCCAAGAGCCUGAAGAAAUUAUAUGCUAAAGCGUGCAAGAAAUUAGCCGAAAUUCAAGGCCUCGAUAGGUUGGAGUUUUUGGAAAGCCUGGAUGUCUCUGCGAGCGUUUCAAUUAAAAGGCUAGACCUUCCAAAAUCCGGGAGGCUGAAGAUAUUAAACGCUCAAGGCUGCAAAAACUUAGCCGAAAUUCAAGGCCUCGAUACGUUGGAGGUUUUGGAAGAACUGAGAAUCGGUGGAUGCGAGUCGCUCCAAACAAUUCCAGAAUUAUCUGGUGUGCGGAUUGAUCGAAAUUUCGAGGAAUCAGACGAGGAAUCAGACGAGAAAUUAGACGAGGAAUCAGACGAUACGUACGACGAGGAUGAGUCAAUAUAAUGGAAAUGAUCCACAUUUUCUAACGAAGGGUACAUAAAGCAGGUAUUCGGGGGAGAUGUUCAUGGAAGUCAAUGUGUGCUUUGGCAAUAUGAUUCUGCUUAUCAUGCCAGCAAUGGAAAUAGAAGAAAAGGCUUUCUAAGCGCAUCAUUUGUCAUUAGUCUUUCGG